UGCCAAACCAGAUCUCAUAUCCAGGCUGGAAGAAGAGGAAGAACAGUUUCUCCGGAUCUCUGAUGAAGAGGAAGGAUUGGCAGGAGGCAUGGGGGAGUCAAAUGGAAAAUCUGAUCAUUUGGAUUGUGGCGAAAGCUUUAGUAUAAAAGGAAACCUUUUUCACCAUGAAAGAAUUCACAUGGGGGAGAAACCAUAUGAAUGCCUGGAGUGUGGAAGAGGUUUCAGCGACAACAGAAGCCUUACUCGCCAUCGAAGAGUUCACACAGAGGAUAAGCCACAUAAAUGCCAGGUGUGUCGGAAAAGAUUCCGUAGGAGUGAACACCUUAAUUCUCAUCAAAGAAUUCACACAGGGGAGAAGCCAUAUAAAUGCCUGGUGUGUGGAAAAAGCUUCAGUCAGAGUGGAAACCUUAAUUCCCAUAGAAGAAUUCACACAGGGGAGAAACCGUAUACAUGCCUAGAGUGUGGGAAAAGCUUCAGUGACAAUGGAAGCUUUAUUCGCCAUCAAAGAAGUCACACAGGGGAGAAACCAUAUAAAUGCUUAGAGUGUGGGAAAGGCUUCAGUGAUAGUGGAAGUCUUACUUGCCAUCAAAGAAUUCACACAGGGGAGAAACCAUAUAAAUGCCUGGAAUGUGGAAAAAGUUUCAGUGAAAGUGGAAGCCUUACUUGCCAUCAAAGAAUUCACACAGGGGAGAAACCAUAUAAAUGCCUGGAGUGUGGAAAAAGAUUCAGUAAGAGUGGACACGUUAUAUCCCAUCAACGAAUUCACACUGGGGAGAAGCCAUAUAAAUGCCUUGAGUGUGGGAAAAGCUUCAAGCACAGUGGGAACCUUAAUUCCCAUCAAAGAAUUCACACAGGAGAGAAGCCAUAUAAAUGCCUGGAGUGCGGAAAAAGCUUCAGUAGGAGUGGACACGUUACUUCCCAUCAAAGAAUUCACACAGGGGAGAAACCAUAUAAAUGCCUGCAGUGUGGAAAAAGCUUCAGUCAGAGUUCAAACCUUACUUCCCAUCAAAGAGUCCACACAGGAGAGAAACCAUAUCAGUGCUUAGAGUGUGGGAAGAGGUUCAGUCACAGCUCAGGCCUUGCUUACCAUCAAAGAAUCCACACAGGGGAGAAACCCUAUAAAUGUUCCGAGUGUGGAAAGAGCUACAGCGACAGCUCGAGCCUUACAUCUCAUCAAAGAAUGCACACAGGGGAGAAACCAUUUAAAUGCCUGGAGUGUGGACAAAGUUUCAGUGUGAGGUCAAGCCUUACUACCCAUCAAAGAAUACACACAGGUGAGAAACCAUAUCAGUGUUUGGAGUGUGGAAAGUGCUUCAGUCAGAACUCAAACCUUACUUCUCAUCAAAAAAUUCACACAAGAGAGAAAUCAUAUAAAUGCUUGGAGUGUGGAAAGAGCUUCAGUCAGAGUUCCGGCCUUACUUCUCAUCAAAGGAUCCACACAGGGGAGAAACCAUAUCAGUGUUCUGAGUGUGGGAAGUGCUUCAAUAUCAGCUCAAGCCUUACUUGCCAUCAAAGAAUACACACAGGGGAGAAACCAUAUCAGUGCUCACAAUGUGGGAAGAGCUUUAGGAGGAAUCUCCACCUUGUUCAACAUCAGAGAAUUCACACAGGAGAGAAACCGUAUCUGUGUUAUGAAUGUGGGAAGAGCUUCAGUAUCAGCUCAAACCUUACAUCCCAUCAAAGAAUCCACACAGGGGAGAAGCCAUAUAUGUGCUCUGAAUGUGGGAAGAGCUUCUGUUCCAGGUCAAUUCUUACUUCCCAUCAAAGAAUACACACAGGAGAGAAGCCAUAUCUGUGUUCUGAAUGUGGGAAGGGCUUCAUCCAGAGCUCAAGCCUUCUUUCCCAUCAAAGAAUCCACACUGGAGAGAAACCAUAUGCAUGCUUAGCAUGUGGAAAAAGCUUUAGUCACAGCUCAAGCCUUAUUUCUCAUCAAAGAAAUCACACAGGGGAGAAAUCGGACCAAUGA